AUGGGAAUCAUAGUCCAGUCAAGAAAAGCUUUCCAAGGUCUCUGUGGAACAGGAAAGAGCCAACAGUAGCCAUGAAUAGUGCAAGUGUGCACACACGUGUAUAUGUAUACUUAUACAUAUAUUUCAAGACAAUGCUCUCACCUUGAGAUUCCUCCCCACACCCGGAGGAUUGGAGUAAAAGGACCCGGCUCUGAAACCCAGCAACCCUAAACCUAAGGCAGAGUGGCCCAAAUGCCUUAGACUGUGGAUGGUGAAGUGUGGUUUUGUUGUUGUGUACCUUCACGUUAUUUUUGACUUAUGGUAACUUUAAGGCGAACCUUGCACUGAGUUUUCUUGGUAAGGUUUCUUCAGAGCAAAUUUGCCAUUCCCUUCUUCCUCUGAAACUGUGAGUGUGUGACUUGCUAACAUCACUCAGUGGGUUUCCAUGGCCAAGCAGGGAUUUGAACCUUGGUCUCCAGAGUCUUAAUCCAACACCCAAACCGUUACAUCAUGCUAGAAGCUAUUAUUUUCCCCUGCAGUCAUCCAACAAACUCUCCCCUCAGCCCAUCCUUGUCUAAAACGUGUUUGGCACAUGCCGGAUAAGUCUUCUAUUUGACAGUACAAGGAGAACACCAGAGGGAGGAGAGAUCCCACCCAAUGCAUUUAAUUCUCUUUAAACUGCUCUAAAAAACAGCCUGAAGGGAAACUGGAAAUCAUAUAUCCUGAUGGGCUUCAGUGUGUGCCGCACAAGGAAUUUAACACAUUUUUCCUGGCACUGGAAUGAGGCAUGAUGUGAGAGGCAAGACGAGGGUCUAGCAAGCAAGAAAGACGGGCUCAGUGCCAGGACUUGAGGCUUCUCCCUUCCAAGCUCUGGGAAGGAAGCGGGUUCAAGAGGGCUGACUGCAGAAUGGGACUGGACUCUUGCUUUCUCUCCCAAGCAGCCAGGUCAUCUGUGGGGAGGCAAGAAGAGGCCUUGUUUCUGACCCAUCCUGCUGGCAGCUGCUGACCCUUCUUCUGUCCACAUGGAGUUUCGGUACAUAGUGGCGAUGGCGGUGGUAGUGGUGUUGGACUUGGCCAGGCCUGUUUGGCUAGCCCCUGAACCAAUCACCGGCCCAAGGUGCACCUACACCUUCAUUUUGCCACAGCAGAAGUUCACUGGGGCUGUAUGCUGGAGCAGUGUGCGUCCUCCCCCAGACCCUCCAGGCCCAAACCGCAGUGAAGUGGAGGACCUUCGCCACCAGCUGAGCCGCCAACAGGCCCAAAUGGACGAACUCCGUCGGCUGGUGGAGGUGGAUGGGGCAGUGGUGAGCGAGGUCAAAGCACUGCGCAAGGAGAGCCGCAAUGUCAAUUCCCGCGUCACUCAGCUCUACACUCAGAUGCUCCAUGAGAUCCUCCAGCGACGAGAGCGGCCAGUGCCAGCAUCCCACCUCGAAGGGCGGGUGGCCAAUGCUUCUGCCGAGGCCUUGCGGGUAGCUGCCAAUUAUCGCCAGCUGGAGGGCAAGUACCAAGCCCUGGCAGCCCUGGUCAACAACCAGAGUGCCCUCAUCAGCCGCUUGGAGAGGGAGUGCCAGCAAGGAACGGGCAGCAAGAUGCGCCCACAGCCACCUCUAGUACCAGUUGUACCUCACAACCCUGCAAGCCUCACCAAUGAGAGCAGAGCCCAUUUUGAUGCCAUCAAUGAUAUCCAGAGAGACCAGACUGCACCUGCCCAACCUUGGCUUCCGCACAAGGCUUCAGUCCCACCAGAUGGCACAAUGCUCUCCCCUGCUGUUGUGCCCACAAAAUCUACGGCCCUAGGGCCUUGGCAUGACUGUCAAGCAGCUCAACAGGAUGGGCAGACCAGUGGCAUCACCAUGCUGCAACCAACGGGUGCCCGGGGUAUCAUCCAGGCCUGGUGUGACCAGGAGUAUGAUGGGGGUGGUUGGACUGUCAUCCAACGACGGCAGGAUGGUUCGGUCAACUUCUUUGUCACCUGGCAGCACUACAAGAAUGGUUUUGGGCACCUGGAAGGAGAGCACUGGCUGGGCCUGGACCCCAUCCGCUGGCUGACCCACCAGGGCACCUACCUGCUGCGGAUAUGGAUGGAAGACUGGAGCGGACGACAGGCACAUGCUGAAUACAACACCUUUUCCCUGGAGCCUGAGAGCGAUUUUUAUCGGUUGCGGCUGGGGCACUAUCAUGGCAGUGCUGGUGACUCCCUCUCUUGGCAUAAUGGCCGACAGUUUAGCACACUUGACCGGGACCAUGAUUCUUACUCAGGGAACUGUGCCCACUACCAGAAGGGCGGUUGGUGGUACAACAUGUGUGCUCAUUCCAAUCUCAAUGGUGUCUGGUACAAGGGUGGGCACUACCGAAGUCGGUAUCAGGAUGGUGUCUACUGGGCAGAGUUUCGUGGUGGAGCCUACUCUCUCCGAAAGGUCACAAUGAUGAUCCGUUCCACACAAGGCAGCUAAUUUCUGGUCAGGAGGAUAAGAAGGAGCACAUAGCAAGGGAAAGUCCAGACAUACUUAGAAACAGGAGGCACUGGAAGCAUAAUCCACCUAUUUGAACACUCUCCUCUCCAGGCCUGGCUCUAGGGAAAACUUUUUUUACCACUUAUUAGUUACAAAUGAUUGUACCCAUCAUAUAGGAGAUGAACACAGUCACUCUCUGAACAGGGCAGUUUUCCAGCCUGGCUCCCAUUCAGAUAAAUGAUCCAAAGAACUGCCUGAAAUAAAAUAUCAUUAUAGGUGCUGAAAUGGUACAGCUUAAAAUAUUUAGAUGCUGUAUACUCUGAAGAUACACGUUUCCCAUCCAUCAGUGUGAGCAUGAACAGACUGAAGGUAAGGACCCCUCUACCUUAAUUUUCCUAGAUGAAAUUCAAGGCACGACCUGCCUUUUAAAAAUUAUUAAUAUAUAUUUUGCUUACAACCAAAGAACAAAAUGGAGGCUUCUUAGUGGUAACUUGCUGUGGAUCUGCUGGGCUCACCUAUUUUCUUUUUAUUUUUAUAUAUAAAUAUACAAUUUCUUUUUGUAAAUAUGGUGUGCCAGUUACCUGUUCAGGAACUUUUGUGAGUCUGUUAAUGUUACUACAUACAUAUUCUAUUGGAUAGCAAAAUUUCCCCUUCAUUCUCUGUAAUGGCUGAGGUAGGUUCAGAUCCUCUGAAACACCCUUUGUCCUAAACAAAAUAUUCUGGUCUAAGGAAAAUAAACCUCAUGCACCAAGUUUACCAAUACCACAAAAUGAACUCAACUGUAUUUAUUUUGUGUAAGCCUUGUUUGUUUAUUUGUUGAUGUUUUCUCAAGCAGAAUUUCUGGGCAAGAACCCUGUUCUGCAUUCCAAAUAAAGUAUGCAAAUCUGUUAA